AUGUCGAUGCCGUUGAGCUGAGGUAACCAUCUCAUGCGGGGACAAAGCGGGUCGUGCGAUAUUUUCGACGGAUCCUGACAGCUAUCGAUCGCGGAAACCGGCCGCCGAGUGGUGCAUGCCGAUAACUCUUCCCCGAGCGCCUUGCACCUCGAUUGACGUUCUCAUCCAUAGUAGCGGCAGCAGGGCCCACACCUAAGGAAAGGAUCGAACACAAAAACGAACUGUCACCCGGAAGCUGCCACGAGCGACAACAUGAAUACCGACGCGCACCGAGUCUACCACGACACGACCCAUUUCGAGUUUGCGGGAGGCGAGUUCCACGGCGGACAGACGUUUAUCUCUGGCUCGUCCAAAAGAGCCAGGUCGUCCGAGAUCUUGGAAUGGAUAUCUACGAUCCCCUACACGAGCCACCACAGGCGGAUCAGUGAGCGGCGGCUGCAAGGAACAGGCGACUGGAUCUUUCGGAAGGCGGAGUACUGCACGUGGAAGUCUUCGGGCGUUUCCAUGUUGUUGCUGUUGCGAGGGAUCCCGGGCGCCGGCAAAACGUUUCUUGCGUCACGGGUCAUCGACUCUUUCCUUGCGAAUCCGAUUCCCAACUCGAAAUUGGCGUUCUUUUAUUGCGACCAAGGAGAAGAUAAUCGACGCGAUCCCGAGAUGAUCAUGCGCACACUGGUUCAGCAGCUCGCCUUGGCUCGGUCGGAGAAUAUCGAGCUCUUAAAGCCGGCUAUCGCCAUCUACGAAGACCGAGAAAAGAAAGGGCAGAGAUCCUCACAGCUGAGUCUAACCGAGAGCCAGCAGCUGCUUAUCGACCUCAUCAACAUGUACUCGCAGCAAACGAUAAUCAUUUGCAUCGAUGCGUUGGAUGAAGUCGAUAGUGCGAUACGGAUACAACUUCUGAGCUCACUGAAGCAUGUGAUGGAAGGAUCGAAGAAUCCCGUCAAAAUCUUUGCCACAACUCGAAUGGACUUCGACAUUCUGCGGCAGUUUGAGAUGUUUCCCCGGAUCGAGUUGCACCCUGACGACAAUAUCGACGACAUCAGCCGAUUCGUCAAAACGGAGGUUCGGAACAAUAUCGGUAAGAGACUGCUGCUCGAUGGCGUUGUCGACGGCGGGCUCAAAGACGAUAUUUGCAACGUCCUCUGCCACCGAUCCAAGGGAAUGUUCCAACUCGCGGCGCUGCAAAUCGAUUUCCUUAGCGAGAUGACCACCCAGGAUGACGUGAGACGCGGUCUAAGGGCGCUACCAGACACACUAGCCCAGGCCUACGACGCGAUCUACAAGCGAAUUCUCCGGCAGAAAGGAAACGCGCCGCAACUAGCACUCAACGCCUUCCGGUGGAUCCAAUGUUCCAACGAGCCGCUGCGAUCGGAAACGUUGCUAGACGCGAUCGCGAUCCAGAUCGGUGGUCCGGAAGAACCGUUUCACAAGGACACGCCGAUGAAGGCGAACGAACUGCUCAAGGCGUGCCAGAACCUCCUCAUUCUGGACGAGCGUCUGAACGUGUUUCGCUUCGCACACCUCUCCGUCGACGAGUACCUGGAGACAAAACUGUGCAGGGGCGAGUGCCACACCGAGAUCGCGAAGGUCUGCCUUUCGCUGCUGUGCACCUCGUGGGACGACUACGACACGGCGCUUCAAACGCAGGAAGGGGAUUACAGCGAUCGCCACCUCCUGCUGUACGCGGCGGUAUUCUGGCCGUGGCACCUCUCCCGUGCGGAUGACCGCUGCGACAUUCUGCAUGCCUCCUGGGCAAACUUCGUUUCCGACGGCAAUCACGAGCGAUGGUUCUUUUACCACUACCGAGUCACCCCCGAGUUCCGAAAGAAGGCACGCAUAGGCCGGCUACGAGCCAGGUUCGGUUCGCGACAGACGUUCACCGCGGUUUUCGGGUCCAGGUCGGCGGAGGGCGCCCGUGUGGACAGGCUGCUUCUGUGCGCGGCUCGGUUCGGAGAUCCCGAUAUCGCCGGUAAACUCCUCGACGUUGGUGCGAAUAUUGCGGCCGUCGAUAAAGGCAACUGGACAUCGCUACAUCUGGCAUUCAAGGAAGGGCAUGAGGCCGUUGCGCGACUAUUGAUUGACCGCGGGGCCGACAUAUCGACUGUCGGUGGUUACUCCGGGCGGACGCCGCUGCAGCUGGCGGCGCUAGGCGGGUACGAGGCUGUCGCACGAGUGCUGCUCGACCGUGGAGCCGACGUCUCGCUCGCCGACAGUGCUGGGAAUACACCGCUGCACAUCGCGUUGGAGACCGGACAUGACGCA